AUGCCGCAUCACAUGACCACGAGACUCAAGGCGAGUAAACGAUUCUCACACAACGCGAUUGAUUUGGGCACCCAGACCGUUCGCCUAUUCCGGAUUCUGCAACAGACAGGCGUUGUUUCCCUGCAGUUGUGGCACCAGGAAUUCGACGGGCGGCAUACAGCACUGUCCUAUGUCUGGGGUCCCAUCGAUCCGUCCCACCACAUCCUAGUCAACGGCAGACCUUUUCAUAUUCGCCAAAACCUUUACGAUUUCCUGGUCUUGAUGAGAGAUCAAGGACGAUCAGAUGCUUUCUUUGUCGAUGCGAUCUGCAUCAACCAAGAAAGCGAUUCAGAGAAAAACCAUCAAGUCCGGCAGAUGUGGCGCAUGUAUGCAGAAGCCCGACAGGUUUGUUUCUGGCUCGGCUCUGGCACCAGUAUCGCAAAGCUUACAGACAUGUCGUUAUUGACGUGGUGGAAGCCAUCUCCCGAGGAGCAGGAUAAAUUGGGUAGACUCGUCAAAGAAGUCCUUUACUGUGAUUUCUGGUCAAGGACAUGGAUUGUUCAAGAAGUCCUACUCGGUCAUCAUCAUGGCAAAAUCAUGUACGGCACUGAGAGUCACGAUUUCGUGGAAUUUGCGCCGGCCCUUGAAUCGGCCAGGGAAGCUACAGAGGUCGGUCGUUCGCCAGCCUGGCAACUGCUUGGGAGCGAUCUUCUCGUACCGCAUAGAACUCGAGAGGGGCAGCACCCUGCAGUCGGACCGCCCCAACCACUUCGCCAUCAUGCGGCAGCUAGAACUGCAGGCGAUAGCUGGCUGUCCAAUCUUCUCUCGAUACUGGACGGGAUCUUCGACCGUACGGCAUGCAGCGAUAGGCGUGACCGCAUCUUUGUACCUAUGAGUCUGCUCGGAGGUGCAGCAACCUCGAUGGUUGACUACAGUCUGUCUGCCUCACAGCUCUAUCUCAGACUACUGAGUAGAUGGGUCGAAGGAGAAUUUACUGGUGCCGCUACAGCAACUAUAGAGGCUUUCGUUCAGGCCGAGCGAGUUCUUCGUCGGACCUUGGGGCUUGAGAACGCGAGUCCUUCGCGCUUGUGGAAGAUGGCUGACAAAGCCAAUCAGGAUUGGUCUGUGGCUCUACGAUUCGAGGCUAUCGCUAAAGUGGAUUCUAUAUUAGAGGUUUUCCACAUGCUGUGCGUAUCACCGCAAACGAGCGACCGUAUCAGAAUGGCUCGAGCAUUUGCGAGAUGUCAUUGCGAGAUCUGUGGACCAGAGGAUCAACAUUGUGACAACUUAGGGAAACUGGUGCUCUUCUCCCCAGGCGAUGGGAAAGGGUAUGGUCCCCAUCUCCUUGUCUCUGAAAAUUGCCCGGGCAUCCACUCAAUUGCUUAUGGCGCUCUGCUUCCUGUCAAAUACGACGCCAAUGUAGCCGACAACAGGCAUCCUCUGAAAAUUAUCAGACUCGCCGGCCUUCGAUCCAUCGAUACGACUGCCUUACAGGGUGCGUUCCAAUUCGAAAGUGGCUCCCACAGCUCUCCUGGACAUUUUGACGGUCUCUUCUUUGACCUGAAGGCCCGCCCCUCUGAGAUACUCAAGCUGCUGUGGUACAACCUCGGACUGCAUGUUAUCGAGCCUCCGGAGUCAGGGGAAAUUCGCUGCGAUUUGCUCACACAACCUGGCAAGAAAUGUUCGACGAAAGGUCAGGCUGAGAACGACCUGGAGAAUUAA